UUGUUCUACCAGAUCCAGCCACUUACAGCACUACAAGGGUAAACUGAAAACACCAAAGUACACUUGCGUGUAACGAGGAUGUUUCCUAAGUUAAAACUUUGCACAAGAUUUUCAUCGACUGUACAUCAACUAAGAAAACUAAGCAGCAAAGAUGUAACCCCCAUUAACAAGAUCCUGAUCGCCAAUCGCGGGGAAAUUGCCUGUCGUGUUAUUCGGACUGCUCGUCGUCUCGGUAUCCAAACAGUCGCCGUGUACAGUGAUGCCGAUCGAGAGUCUCUUCAUGUGGCAAUGGCAGAUGAGGCCUUCCACAUUGGUCCCCCAGCAGCAGCUCAGAGCUACCUCAAACAGGAGCAGAUCAUCCAAGUGGCUAAACAGUCAGGGGCUCAGGCAAUUCACCCUGGAUAUGGAUUUCUGUCGGAGAACACAGAAUUUGCAGAGCUGUGCGGUAAAGAGGGAGUCAUUUUUAUUGGACCCCCUGCUUCAGCCAUCAGAGAUAUGGGCAUUAAAAGUACAUCAAAGUCCAUCAUGGCUGGAGCAGGAGUUCCUGUUAUAGAAGGUUACCAUGGUGAGGACCAAUCAAAUGAAACAUUGAAAAGAGAAGCAGCGAUGAUUGGUUACCCUGUGAUGAUCAAAGCAGUUAGGGGAGGUGGAGGAAAGGGAAUGAGGAUCGCUAUGAAUGCCGAGGAGUUUGAAAGUCAGUUGGAGUCGGCCAGAACUGAGGGCCGGAAAUCUUUUGGUGAUGAUGUGAUGCUGCUGGAGAAAUUUGUGCAGACACCAAGACAUGUGGAGGUGCAGGUGUUUGGAGAUAAGCAUGGAAAUUACGUUUACCUGUUUGAGAGAGACUGUAGUGUUCAGAGGAGACAUCAGAAAAUUAUUGAGGAGGCUCCUGCGCCUGAUCUCACUGAAGAAGUACGGCGAGCUAUAGGAGAGGCUGCGGUGCGUGCCGCUCGAGCUGUGGAUUAUGUUGGGGCUGGAACUGUCGAGUUCAUCAUGGACAAGGACAAGAAAUUCUACUUUAUGGAGAUGAACACCAGGUUACAGGUGGAGCACCCAGUAACGGAGAUGGUAACAGGCACGGAUCUAGUGGAGUGGCAGAUCAAGGUAGCUGGGGGAGAAUUUCUACCGGUUACACAAGAUGAAAUCAAACUGAGAGGACAUGCAUUUGAAGCUCGGAUUUAUGCUGAAGAUCCAAACAAUGCUUUCAUGCCUGGAGCCGGUCCCCUAGACUACCUCAGAACUCCCAAACCUGAUGAGAAUACUCGUAUAGAAACGGCAGUCCGGGAAGGAGAUGAAGUGUCUGUUCAUUAUGACCCAAUGAUUGCCAAACUAGUUGUCUGGUCAGAUGACCGUCCCUCUGCACUCAGACGAAUCCGAUCAGCACUCUCUCAGUAUCAAGUGCUUGGACUAAGUACUAACAUCCAGUUUCUGAUGGACUUGGCUGGUCACCCUGAAUUUGAGGCUGGCAAUGUCCACACAGACUUUAUACCACAGCACUACGAUCAGCUGUUUCCGGACCGCGGCUUAUCUGACAAAACCAUCUGUCAGGCAGCUAUUUCUUUGAUGCUGAUUGAACAGGAAAAAACCCAUCAACAUGCUUGUAGCACCUUAGACCCCUUCUCUCCAUUUUCUGCCCUAUCAUCUGUGAGAAUAAAUUCAUCGGCAGUCCACAAAAUAUCACUUCAGGAUGGAGAUACUAAGUAUGAGAUUGCCAUUCAGGCAAACUCUGACAGAAGCUACAGUGUGAUGUUUGGAGAGAAAAGUUAUCAGGUUACAGGCGAGAUACAGGAUGAGGGGGAGGGCAUUAAACUGACUUGCAGUGUGGAUGGGGUCUUCUCCAAGGCUGAAGUGGUGAUCAACAACAAUACGUUGCAUGUCUUUACCACUGAUGGCAGGUGUGACCUUCAAAUGCCAGUUCCCUCAUAUCUCAAGUCAAAGGAUGAAUCGGGCUUUUCGCAGGACGUCUUGGCCCCUAUGCCUGGAGUGGUGGAAAAAGUGUUGGUUUCUCCAGGUACCCAAGUGCAAAAAGGUGACCCACUGGUGGUCAUGAUAGCCAUGAAAAUGGAGUAUAUAAUACGGGCUCCAAAAGAUGCCAAAGUACAAACCAUUCUGUACAACGAGGGAGAGACUGUGGCCAAGGGAACAACUCUCGUUCAUUUUGAGGAGGAACAAUCCAAGCAAGAGACGGACCCGAAAUAAGAUGAAGACUUCUCACAAAGCAGUGUGAUGAACAGAGACGGACCCUGAAUAAAUAAAAAGAUGUCUCACAAAACAUUAACCAGUGGGUGAACAAUAUUGAACAAUCAUUUAUAGCUGCUGCUUUUGAAAUAAAUAUAUGAAGAGUAGCA